GUGUCAAAUCUCUCUGAGAGUGCUGAUAGGGCUGAGAGUGUUUCGAAGAGUCGCGGAAUUGUGCUGUGAUGAAAUUCGGUGUGUUUUAGUGAAAUAAGGCAGAAGAAUGGAAGGAAGAAGAUCCGUGGCUAAGUACGAUAUUGAUGAUCCUCGGUUUCGCAUACAUCCCAGUCAGCAAAUCGUGUCAGCAUGCACAGGAGCACUCCUAACCUCACUCUCCAUGACUCCUCUGGAUGUCGUGAAGACUCGUCUCCAGACCCAGCAGAAGCUCCUCCUGUCCAACAAAUGCUAUCUCUACUGCAACGGCCUUAUGGAUCAUCUCUGUCCCUGCGGACCAAAUGGAAGCAUCAGCCAGAAGCCCCAUCUCAACGGCACCAUUGACGCCUUCGUGAAAAUCAGCAGGACUGAGGGUGUCCGCGCGCUGUGGUCAGGACUGAGUCCCACUCUUGUCCUGGCCGUGCCGACAACAGUGAUCUACUUCGUAGCGUAUGAACAAUUGCGAGUCAGGGCGAAGGACAAGUACAUGGAUUUCCGUCCAGGCUCCACAUCAACACCCUGGUUGAUUCCCUUGGUCGCAGGAGGCUUGGCCCGAGUGAUCGCCGCUUCAAUUGUGAGCCCUCUGGAGCUCGUGAGGACGAAGAUGCAGUCCCAGAGAGUGAGCUAUUUGGAAGUUGGCCAGGCGCUGAAGAGCAUGGUCAAUACUCAGGGCAUCUGGGGACUGUGGACAGGCUUGAGGUCGACUCUGAUGCGCGACGUGCCAUUCUCAGGACUCUACUGGACAUCUUACGAGACUCUGAAGGCGAUUUACGGCAUCACAGGCAGUCCAAGUGUGACGUUCAGCUUCAUCGGAGGAGCUCUUUCGGGGAGUAUAGCGGCUAUCGUGACGACCCCCUUCGAUGUUGUGAAGACGCACAAGCAAAUAGAACUUGGUGAAAAUUUAAUUUACACUGAUACGCCUAAGAAAAUACCAAAAAGGGAGAAUGUUCUGCCUGCGCUGGAGAAGAUCUACAAACUGCAUGGAAUCCGUGGCCUUUUUGCUGGUCUAAUUCCAAGACUCGUCAAAGUUGCUCCUGCCUGUGCUAUUAUGCUAUCAUCCUUUGAGUACGGAAAGGCCUUCUUUCACCAGCACAAUGUUGUACAGUUCCACAGCAAGAGUGAGGCGUAGAAUCAGUU